UUCACUUCAGCAAUGAAACUUGUUCGUUCUGAUCAGAGCGGAACCUGGAACAGCGCUGGACUCGAGAACUUUUUCAACCUUUUCUGGACUUUAUUUUAUAAUUUUCAGUCUUUAUGAAGAGUCAGGUCUGGGAUACAGCGACAAUGAACACGUUUGAAGAGAUGGAGAGAUUGAAAAUGGACAGAAAGCUGAUGAAGCCUCAGGUUGAGCGUCGAAGACGAGAACGAAUGAACCGCAGUCUGGAGAACCUGCGGAUUUUACUCCUGCAAGGUCCCGAGCACCAGGCAGCAUCUCAGAGGCGAGUGGAAAAAGCCGAGAUCCUAGAACACACGGUUCUCUUCCUGCAGAGCUCCAUCGCCAAGGCCAAGAAAUCCAGAGCAGAAGAUGAGUCCUCGUCAGAAGGAGGUCAUCAGUUCCUGGACGGUUUCUCGGCGUGUUUACAGAAAGCAGCUCGCUUCCUGCAGGAGGAGAGCGCGGCGCGAGGCCUGCACGACUCCCUGUCCUCGUCCCUGUAUCGCUGCCUGAGCCGUCCACACCGGCCCGGCGUCAGAGACGUGCAGCAGAGUCACGGCACGCAAGGACUGCAGUGUGUGAAGACACACACACACGCACACACACACGUACACACACACACACACGCACUCACACACCCGUACAAGAUCACACUGCGACACACAGACCCUAACACCGUCCAGCGUCUCCACAAGCAGAACACGGCCAGCGCGUCACGGCCCACGACCAGCCCACAGCGCGUGUGGAGACCGUGGCCUUGAGAGACUCAAACACACACACACACACACACACACACACACACACACACACAUGGACUGGGUGUAAAAUUAUAGGGCUUGUGUAAUAACAUUUCAUUUGAAGAUGCCACAUCUGAUAAAGAAUAUAUUUAUUUAGUGUUUCGAACACAUUUAUUAUUAUUAUUAUUUUUAUUUUUUUUAUUAAAGUGGCCAUGCUUUAUGUAAAAUCCUUAAACUUCAGAACUGUUAGUUUAUAAAUAAUCCACACACUUUAAACUGAAGAAUCCGAGGAGAGUUUAAGGGGUUAAUAAAACUUGUACAUAGUGUAUAAAUGAUAAUGGCAAUAUUUUUCUAAGUAUGGAUUCUCCACUGCUCUGUACUGCGCGCAUCACUUCCGGUACUGCUUUGGGGAUAUUUAUCUAUUUUUGCACAUUUUAAUUUAUUCACUUUAUUCCUUUUUUUUUUUUAAAUAAUAUUUUUUUUAAAAAUGUUUUGAGAAAUUAUAUAUCUGUAUAUGCUGAAUGCAGAAAUAAAUACAUUCCAUGACUCACUUUUCGCGUUU